CGUAGAAGGAAUCGGAUUUCCGGUACGGAUCGGGCACUUAGCAACAGAAAGGUAGCAACGUUAACGCGAAAAGGUCUCCACCUGUGUACUGGUGCGUCGACAAAGGUAGUGGCUUCGGCCCGAAAGUCGUGACAGCAUGGCGGCCGCUGCAGCACCAAUGUGGGAUGAGCACCAGGCGUAUGAGGAGCUUCUGUACUGGGACAGUCUGAUCCAGCAGGGCCACCGGCUCCUCCCGCAUGAUUUUGAUAGAUAUGAGGAGCUGCGUUACUGGUACGACUGCCUGUGCUAUGAGGAGGAGCUGAGACAGUACCACGACUACAUCGCUGCUAUCGAGGAGAUUGAGGAUAAACAGCAUUAUGAGGAGGCUGCAUCCCCCCAGGUGCGCACGCCAUAUGAUCGCCAUGUGAUGGCCAAACACUCUGAAGUGUAUCCCUCACCGGAGGAGCUUGAGGAAGUGCAGAAGAUCGUCUCCCAUGUGGAGUGUGCUCUGAAGACUGUGUCUGACCAGAUGGAUACUACAAAAGACCGCAAAGAAAGUACAGAGGCACGGAGAAGUGAGUCACAAGAGCGUGUCCUGCGUGGUGUUAUGAGGGUCGGCCUGGUGGCCAAAGGACUACUGUUGAAGGGAGACAAGGACCUGGAGCUGGUGCUGCUUUGUUCCGACAAGCCUACCAUCCCCCUGCUUCAACAAGUGGCUGAAAAGCUAACUGCGCAGUUAGAGGCUAAUUCAGAGGGGGCAUAUACAGUAAGCCAGUGUCCAGAGGAUGCAGCCAUCGUUGUGACAAGCACAAAGGAAUCAGUUCUGACUCUCACUAUCCAUCUGACAUCACCUCUUGUCAGGACAGAGCAAGAGAGUAAAACUACAGAAGAAGAAGAAACGCGAACAGUCAACGAUCCGCCGGACGUACUGGACAGGCAGAAAUGCCUUACUGCCUUGGCGUCUCUCCGCCACGCCAAGUGGUUCCAGGCAAAAGUCAAGGACCUGACUUCUGCCGUUGUCGUGAUCCGGAUCAUGAGGGACUUGUGUAACCGCGUUCCUACCUGGACGCCACUCUCAGGAUGGCUUCUUGAACUGCUGGUAGAGAAGGCUAUUGGUACAUCUGAGAGACCAAUGGGAGCAGGCGAGUCCCUCCGCAGGGUUUUAGAGUGUGUUGCCUCUGGAAUUCUCUUGGAAGAUGGCCCUGGAAUCAAAGAUCCAUGCGAGAAGGAAACGGUUGAUGCCACUGAAAAUCUAACUCUGCAGCAGCGUGAAGACAUCACACAGAGUGCUCAGUUUGCCUUGAGGCUGUGUGCAUUUGGACAGAUGCACAAGGUGUUGGGGAGGGACUACAAACCUAUAAAGCCACGGAAAUCAGUGGGAGGCGGUGGCAGAGAUUGCACAGCCCAGAUAGGUCCUGCUGGACACUUCAGCCUGCCAGCUAAGAGACCUUACACUGAGGUGGAGAAAGGAGAGGAGGAGCCCCAUCUCAACAGCAAACAAAGGAAGUUCCUCAAGUUUCAGAAGCGCUUUCAGAGGAAAUCAUUCACCGAUGAUUUUAGCAUGAAUGCCGUGAUGCGCCUGAACCAGUACAGACCUGGCCUGGAGUACCGGCUUACAUCUCAAACCGGUCCAGUCCACGAGCCGGUCUUCACAAUGGCUGUGGACUUAAAUGGGAAGACCUACGAGGCCACUGGGCCUUCCAAGCGAGCUGCCAAGCUUAACGUAGCCACUAAGGUCCUGCAGGAUCUCGGUCUCCCGACAGGCUCAGAAUCUAAAUCAGAGUCCGGUGGGGAAUCUGAAGGAACCCAGGAAUCCGUAAAAGCUGUUACCACGUCCUCUACUACAUCAGAAGAUAGCGGUCAGGGUCCCAUCUUGACCAAAAAUGGCAAGAACCCUGUGAUGGAGCUAAAUGAGAAGCGUCGCAGCCUGAAGUACGAGCUGUCUGCAGAGACAGGGGGCUCCCAUGAAAAGUGUUUUGUCAUGGAGGUGGAGGUUGAUGGGGAGAAAUUCAAAGGGAGAGGCUCUAAUAAGAAGGAGGCAAAGGCCUUCGCGGCCCUCGCUGCCCUGGAGAAGCUGUUCCCAGACGACGAUGGCGUGUUGAACAUCAACAGAAGUGUUUCAAAGAAGAAGGUCACCUACACCGACAUGCACAUCCCAGGCUUCGGUACUAUUCGUGGCAUUCCUUCAGACUCCGGAUCCCGUGGCUGGGGUCCCAACAGAGGUCGGGGCAGGGUCCGAGGCAAACCGUUUCCUUUAGGACCCAGCUAUAACAAAGCCAACUACAGUUAUGAGAGCAGCACUGGCACAGGCUAUCAUAAAAUGUAUGGUAGUAACGGAGCCAGCACUACAACCAAAGACGCUGGAUCUAGCGCAGCGGGCAGCAACAUUGGCUACGGCACCUUUUACCCUGAGAGCAGCACCACCUACUCCUCCCCACCCAUCUUCAGUGACAACCCCAGCAGCACAAAGGGAGAAAGCUACCAGUCGAUGCCUCCUCCUGCUGAUCAGGAGAGCCCCUACAGCUACGGAUAUGGGGACGAGAAGAAGAAGAUGCUGACACAAGGUCAGAACGAGGGCCAUGGAGGAGACUACUCUAUGUACAGCACAGCUUACCCCAGCUCUGUGACGGGGGGCCAAGUGUAUAAUAAUUAUGGAUGGGGAAACCAGUCAUCCUGGGGGAAUCAGCAGGGGUAUGACAUGUACCAGGGCUUCGGAGGACAAACCCAGAGCUCAUACUCUGGCUAUAGCGACAUUAAUUACUAAUCAUCUUGUACAGACUUUCUCACCUCACUAUGCCAUCUUUUUGACUCCGAUUGUUCUGCCUCGAUGAUGAUCUUGGAUGCCAAUUCUGAAAAGGAAAGAGAAAGUGUUUGUCUUUGUCUCUGAAACUGGAAUUUUGUUGUUUUAGUUUUGCAACUAUUCACUAACUUGUCUGGUAAAAGCAAUUUUAGGUGGCAGAUGCAAGUUUAGGAUUUAUUGAGGUCCCUGUUUUUCUGCUUCAGCCCUCGUCAUGUCCAUGUUGACGUGUGUAAAUAUACAUACCUGGUUUAUUGUUAUGUCAAGUUUCUUGGGCUGUUGUGUUUUUUAAUUUGCGUAUUUGCGUACUGGUUCUGUAUUAGAAUAUGGUUUUGAUUUGAAGCUGCUUGUAGUUUUGAACUGAAGAUUUGUUUAUUUGUGUCACAUGAAAUGCUCUAAUGAUUCUCGUCAAAUAAAUGACUCUUACUUUGGAGCAAA